UUUACAUUUGAUUUUUCCUCACCAGGAAGCACAAAGCAGCCUAUAAAUGACACUUGCAACUAAUUAAUGACAAAUUAGCAGAGGAUUUAACAUAAUGGCCGGUUUAAGGUUCCGUUUCUGUAUCUUGGUUUUUUGUGCAAGCCUUAUUAUCCCAACCCAAUGCCUUGGGGACAUCUGCCUGCCGGAGGAACAUGUUGCCUUGUUCAUUUUCGGAGAUUCAUUAUUUGAUGUCGGAAACAACAACUAUAUCAACACGACCACUGAUUUCCAGGCAAAUGUUUGGCCUUAUGGUGAAAACUUCUUUAAGUACCCCACUGGGAGACCUUCUGAUGGCCGUGUCAUUCCAGAUUUCAUAGCUGAGUAUGCAAAGUUGCCAUUGAUUCCACCCUAUCUACAUCCUGGUUAUGCUCGAUAUACUGAUGGGGCUAACUUUGCAUCAGCAGGAGCUGGUGCUCUCGUCGAAACUCGUCGAGGAUUUGUGAUAGACCUACACACUCAACUCAGUUAUUUCAAGAAGGUGGACACGCUGUUGAAGCGAAAAAUAGGUGAAGCACAAGCCAAGAAAUUGUUGUCCAAAGCUAUUUACUUAUUUAGCAUUGGAAGCAACGAUUAUUUAGCCCCUUUCACUACAAACUCCAGCGUGCUUCAAUCCUACUCUCAUGAAGAAUAUGCAGAUAUGGUGAUUGGCAACUUGACAACUGUGAUCAAAGAAAUACAUAGGAAAGGAGGAAGGAAAUUUGGGUUUCUAAGCUUGGCACCGCUGGGUUAUCUUCCAUAUACGAAAGCACUCACACCAGAAAAUAGUGAGGAAAUUAUAGCACUGGUUAAAUGGCACAAUAAAGCAGUUUCUCAUGCCCUGCAAAUCCUCACGAGCCAGCUGAAAGGAUUCAAAUAUUCAUAUAUCGAUUUCUACAGUUUUAUUACAGAAAGAAUGAAUGACCCUUUAAAAUAUGGUUUCAAGGAAGGGAAGAUGGCAUGUUGUGGAACUGGUCCAUACAGAGGAAUUCCAAGUUGUGGAGGGAAGAAAUCAGUGAAAGAGUAUGAAUUAUGUGGGAACACCAGUGAAUAUCUGUUUUUUGACUCUGCUCAUCCCACUGAAAGGGCCAACCAGCAACUGGCCAAGCUUUUCUGGAAUGGGAAUCUUAAUGUCACGUGGCCUUACAAUCUAAAAGCACUGAUUGAACAAAAGUGAAGGGAGAUUAAUUAAUUACCUCACAAGCUGAGUAUUUUGGAAGAUGCAUUAAAGUAAUAAGGAUUGGCCGGUUGUUCUAAUUCUAUUUCAGUUUCUCAUGAUAUCUACACUCUGGUGAAAUGCUUCAAGGUUUCCAAUUUUUGUCGAUCCACUGCUCUCAUAUUCUCUUCAAAUUCUUUAAAUUUUCUUUUCCCUCAUUCCAAAUCAAUUUACCUACGGUUAUUGGCUUCGAAUAUGUUGCAUGGAAAACAGUGUAUCAUUUCUUUUUCAAAUAAGGGAAACCAGCAGGCUAGGGAAAGAAAA